AUGGCCCCUUUUCUAACCAAUAAGGAUCUGAUUUCUGCGGGAAUAAAAGAAUUUAAUGUUCUGCUGGAUCAGCAGGUCUUUGAUGACCCCCUUAUCCCUGAAGAAAGCAUGGUGACUAUUGUGGAUGACUGGGUGAACUUGUACACCAACUAUUACAAGAAGCAGAUGCUUGGGGAGCAGCAGGAACAAGACAAAGCUCUUCAAGAACUCAAGCAAGAGCUGAGUACUUUGGGCAGCCAGUUUCUGACCAAAUAUAAGACCUUUCUGAAGUCCCGAGAACCCCAAAACAGCACACCGCCUUCCUCAUAG